UCUGCUCCUUUCCGUUGUACGUUUUACUUUGCUUACACCAAAGAGAGUUUUGGAAUAACGGGUAAACCAUUUGUUGAGCAACAUGGUCGCAGUAAAGUACAAGAGGAAACUAUUGCUAGUUCCAUUUGUUCUAUUUACUAUAUAUGUUCUAUCAACUGACAUGAUAUCUGUAGUUUCGACUGAAAGAUGGAUACAGCUGCCCUGGGAUAUAACAAAUACCUCUAUAUUUCGCAAUAAGUAUUUAAAUACAAGCGGCGGACAGUGCAUUUUAAGGGACAGCACACAAAUGAAACGUCAUUCAAUGGACUUGAGACUGAUUAUUAUUACUUACGAUAGGUCAGACUCGUUACUGAGGUUACUAAAAUCAUUGGACAGAGCUGAUUAUGGGAGAGACAGGGUAUGUUUUGAUAUCUGGAUAGAUAGGUCAAAAUUACAGUCGGUACACAGCGAAACCCUACAGUCGGCUUUAAACUUCAAGUUCAGCAAAGGAAAAUGUAAUGUAUAUGUCCAUCCAGUACAUGUCGGGAUCACAGGACAGUGGCUUUCGACAUGGUCCCCUGCACAGAAAUCAUCAGAAAUUGCUGUAAUAUUAGAAGACGAUUUAACAGUAUCACCAUACUUCUACAGAUAUUUAAAACUUGUGCAUAAAAAGUACGGCGACAGACGGGAUAUAUAUGGUUUUUCCUUACAAGGCAGCAAUAUAAAACAUAGUGAUGGAAUGUGUUGCCUAAACGUUUCCUUACAACACACAGUAUUCCUUUAUCCAACUUUAGGUACUUCUGGGUUUUCCCCAAACACUCGAAAUUGGUUGCAAUUUCUAGCUUGGUUCAAAGAAAUAACAAGACGAAGUAUUGAUGUUAUUCCAUUAAUUAAAAAUCAUAUUGCUGUAACAUGGUAUAAACAACUGAAAAGAAAAGGAAAGGCAGAUUCUAUGUGGGAGUUGGAGUAUUUGUAUUAUACACAAAGCAAAAAAGAGUUCACGUUAUAUCCAAAUUUUCCAGGUCUGCAAGGGUUUACUUUCAACUGGUUUGAAAAUGGCUUACAUUUUACUGGGCAGAGUGUAAGAGACAAGACAAUGGAGAGCAACAGUCUUGUAAUGGAGUGGACUCUUGACUAUGACCAGUUACCGGAUAACCCAAUAUAUCUCAAUAACAAUGGUGUUGUUAUAGGGUACUAGCUGACGAUUUACGAAAUUUACCCGAAUCUCGAUUUCAGAUAGCACCGUGCUUUGCUUACAUUGCUAAAAUGUUCAUAUGUUAUUUGACGGACUAUGUGGACAAAAAUGUAUACAGGAAGACACGGAGCCGAUGCACAUUUGGAACUUUGCCUCUACCCGUCAGUCAGUCAGCCAUCAGUCAUACAAAAUAGGACACUGCCUAAACCAAAAAAUGUGCAAGGUGUUUUCUCAUGAAACUUGAAACAUGGGUAGUAGGCAUUAUUGACAAUAUAAAUCUAAAAUAUGGAAUACAUGUGGAUCCUGCGAUACCUUAAAAUGUACAAGUCGAGGGUUGCCCGAAAAAACUGCGGUAACUGCAUUUUUGAAAACUUUUCAGGAAAAGCUAACAACUUCCUUAUUUUACAAGAAACAGCUUAUUUGACAGAACUUGAAGAUAUGUGGGAAAAAUUUCAAUGACUUAUGAAAAUAAAUUCUUCUUUUAUGUCUAAA